AUGGACGCCGAAGAAGCCACCUUGCGCGCCGGGCGGGUGUCCCUGCCCGCGCUCGCCGGCUCCAUCUCCGCCCCGCCCGGACACUCAGCGCGCGGUAGCGCGGUCCCAGACCCAGGCCGGAGGCGCACGCGGUGGGGUUGGGGGGUGGGGGCCGGGUCCCUGGCAGGAAGCACGGCUGAGGGUGGCCGUCGUGACCGCGGUGGCUGGUGUGACCUGAUGGCCGAUUGUGCGGAGCAGGUGGCUCGCGUGGAGCCCAACUUUGCUCGAGUCCCGGCAUUCGCGCCCAUUCAUCGGCCAGAGGCCCGCGCUCCGGCCGCGAGCAGCGAGGCUCGGGCAGGCGCGCCACCCGGGGCCCUGGGGCUGGCGAGCAUCGAGGAGCUGAUAGCCAAGACGGUCCCUGCCAGCAUCCGCUUGAAAAGACCCUUGCGAAUGGAAGACCCAGUGUGUGAGAAUGAAAUCCUGGCAACUCUGCAUGCCAUUUCCAGCAAAAACCAGAUCUGGCGCUCAUACAUCGGCAUGGGCUAUUACAACUGCUCCGUGCCACAGGCAAUUGUGCGGAACCUACUGGAGAACCCGGGAUGGGUCACCCAGUACACCCCGUACCAGCCGGAGGUGUCUCAGGGCAGGCUGGAGAGUUUGCUCAACUACCAGACCAUGGUGUGCGACAUCACGGGCAUGGACACAGCCAACGCGUCCCUGCUGGAUGAGGCGACGGCGGCAGCUGAGGCCAUGCAGUUGUGCCACAGACACAACAAGAGGAGAACGUUUUUUGUAGACCCUCGUUGCCACCCACAGACGAUAGCUGUCAUCCAGACUCGGGCCAAAUUCGCCGGAGUCCUCAUUGCGCUGAAGCUCCCUCACGAGAUGGACUUCAGUGGGAAGGACAUCAGCGGUGUCCUGUUCCAGUACCCCGACAGCGAGGGCAAGGUGGAGGACUUCACCGAGCUCGUGCAGCGGGCCCACCAGAGCGGGAGUCUGGCCUGUUGUGCUACUGACCUUCUAGCCCUGUGUAUCUUGAGGCCUCCUGGAGAAUUUGGGGUAGACAUUGCCUUGGGAAACUCACAGAGGUUUGGGGUGCCCCUGGGCUACGGGGGACCCCACGCAGCCUUCUUUGCUGUCCGAGACAACUUGGUGAGAAUGAUGCCUGGAAGAAUGGUAGGAGUGACAAGAGAUGCCAUUGGAAAAGAAGUGUACCGCCUUGCUCUUCAAACCAGGGAACAGCACAUCCGGAGAGACAAGGCCACCAGCAACAUCUGCACAGCCCAGGCGCUUUUGGCGAAUAUGGCUGCCAUGUUUGCAAUCUACCAUGGUUCCCGGGGCCUGCAGCACAUUGCAAGGAGGGUUCACAAUGCCACGCUCAUUUUGUCUGAAGGUCUCAAGCGUGCGGGGCAUCAGCUGCAGCACGACUUGUUCUUCGACACCUUGAAGGUCCAGUGUGGCUGCGCCGUGAAGGAGGUCUUGGAUAGAGCUGCUCAGAGGCAGAUCAAUCUUCGGCUCUUUGAGGAUGGCACCCUUGGCAUUUCUCUGGACGAGACCGUGAAUGAGAAAGAUCUGGAUGACUUGCUGUGGAUCUUUGGCUGUGAGUCAUCGGCUGAGCUGGUAGCUGAAAGCAUGGGAGAGGAGCCUCGAGGGAUCCCAGGGACUGCGUUCAAGAGAACGAGUGCCUUCCUCACACAUCAGGUGUUCAACAGUUAUCACUCCGAAACAAACAUCGUGCGGUACAUGAAGAAACUGGAGAACAAAGACAUAUCCCUGGUCCACAGCAUGAUUCCCCUGGGAUCCUGCACCAUGAAGCUGAACAGUUCCUCUCAGCUCACACCUAUCACAUGGAAAGAAUUUGCAAAUAUCCACCCUUUUGUGCCCUUGGACCAAGCUCAAGGGUACCAGCAACUCUUCCGAGAGCUCGAGAAGGAUUUGUGCGAACUUACAGGCUAUGACCAAAUCUCUUUCCAGCCUAACAGCGGCGCCCAGGGGGAGUACGCCGGGCUGGCCACCAUCCGAGCCUACCUGGACCAGAAGGGAGAGGGACACAGAACAGUUUGCCUCAUUCCAAAAUCCGCACACGGGACCAAUCCGGCAAGUGCUCACAUGGCAGGCAUGAAGAUUCAGCCGGUGGAGGUGGACAAAUAUGGAAAUAUCGACGCAUCCCACCUCAAGGCCAUGGUGGAGAAGCACAAGGAGCACCUGGCCGCCAUUAUGAUCACCUACCCGUCCACCAACGGGGUGUUUGAGGAGAACAUCAGUGACGUGUGCGCCCUGAUCCACCAGCACGGAGGACAGGUCUACCUGGACGGCGCAAACAUGAACGCUCAGGUGGGGCUGUGCCGUCCCGGAGACUUUGGAUCAGACGUCUCACACUUGAACCUGCACAAGACCUUCUGCAUUCCCCACGGCGGGGGCGGCCCUGGCAUGGGGCCCAUCGGCGUGAAGCAGCAUCUUGCCCCCUUCCUGCCCAGCCAUCCCGUUGUUACAGCUAAGCUGACGGGGAACGCAUGGCCUGUGGGUACCGUGAGCGCAGCGCCGUGGGGCUCCAGCUCCAUCCUACCUAUCUCCUGGGCAUACAUCAAGAUGAUGGGCGGCAAGGGCCUUAAACAGGCCACGGAGGUUGCUAUCUUAAACGCCAACUACAUGGCCAAGCGAUUGGAAAAACACUACCGAGUCCUCUUCAGGGGAGCAAGAGGUUACGUGGCUCAUGAGUUUAUCCUGGACACUAGGCCCUUCAAGAAGUCUGCAAAUGUUGAGGCUGUGGAUGUGGCCAAGAGGCUCCAGGAUUAUGGAUUCCACGCCCCUACCAUGUCCUGGCCGGUGGCAGGGACCCUCAUGGUCGAGCCCACCGAGUCGGAAGACAAAGCAGAACUGGACCGCUUCUGUGACGCCAUGAUCAGCAUUCGGCAAGAGAUCGCAGACAUUGAGGAGGGCCGCAUCGACUCCAGGGUCAACCCGCUGAAGAUGUCCCCACACUCCCUGACCUGCGUCACAGCCUCCCAUUGGGACCGACCGUAUUCCCGAGAGGUGGCAGCAUUCCCACUUCCCUUUGUGAAGCCGGAGAACAAGUUCUGGCCGACCAUCGCCCGCAUUGACGACAUCUACGGAGACCAGCACCUGGUGUGUACCUGCCCGCCCAUGGAGGUGUACGAGUCCCCGUUUUCUGAACAGAAGAGGGCCUCUUCCUAGUCCUCUUGCUGACGCCUGACUGGGUGCCACUCUGGAGCAUUCAAUACGCAAGGGGCGUUCCAUCUCCCACCCCAGGAUGAAGUGGGGGUGGCGGUGGGGGGGUUGACAGACUGCGUUUAUAUUGUCAUCUCUGUCAGGGUAGGUGUGAAUACGCGGAAGCUGACCGCUGGGAGACUGACUCGCUUUCACACGUAGCCCAUGAUGUUCAGGUUGUCUUGACAGAGAGCCACUUGUUAGGUGUUGGGUUUUGGGGUUGUUUUUUUUGGGGGUGGGGGGUGGGGGUAUAGAACACAUUGGGUGUGCUACAUUUUAACUUUCCACGUCAGGAAUUGGCUCAUGUUAUAGUGGCUCUGCUGGAGCCACAGUAGACAGUUUUGUUUUUGUUUUUUGUUCCAAAUAAAAAGUCCUUGUGGGCUGAGCCAUCUGUGGGAACUCCCAGGGCAAAUGUUUACAUUUUCUAUACACGGAGGACAGGUUUCUCCUCCAACUAACCUGCUUCACCUGAACCAGCGUCUCCAAGGGGUUUCCUCGUUAUCUGUGUUUUUAUCUCCAUUUAUUAGGAGCCUAAUAAAAACCUCUCUGUUUGAAGAA